CAACCCCGUGCCUAUGCGACACGCCUCUCUUUCCCUCCUUUGCGGAAGUUUAUAUUUUGUUGCUUGAAAGUUUAAUUGUUGGAAGGCAUCGAGCAGUUCACUACUAGCUAACGUGUACAUGGUAAACCAUGGAUCUUAGCUUGGAGGAAAUACAGAGAAUACUGUCGAAGUACAAAUUCCGGGAUGUUGCCAUCGAGGAGCUACAGAAAGUACAUCGAAUUCACCCCCGCAUAAAUCCUGUAACUGGAACUUACACUUUCAGCGACGGAACCCAAAAAGAUCUGCUGAAGUUGAUAGGCACCGUCGUCGUCAAGUAUGAAGGCCGCUCGUACAACCUGCCUAUUCAGCUGUGGCUCAUGGACUCCUUCCCCUUCACACCCCCCAUCUGUUUGAUGAGGCCCACCUCCAGCAUGGUCAUCAGGGAGGGGAAGCACGUAGACGCCCAGGGACGGAUACACCUGCCCGGCCUCCACAACUGGGACCACCCCAGAUCCUCUGUGGUUGGCCUUCUGGCUGAGAUGACCUCAAAGUUUGAAGAGGAGCCUCCGCUGGCAACCAAACCCUCAGGAGAGAGCAGAGACCCCAACGACCUGUUAGGCUUUGUAUCCAACCUCAAAGUCAACAGUGCUGCAGUACAACACAAUGAUCAACCAAUUAACAAAGUCUCUGUCAUUGGGGGAGGCGACCUAGGAAUGGCUUCCGUGAUGAGCAUCCUGGCAAAGGGGAACGUGGACAAACUCAUUUUCGUUGACAUAGCCGAGAGCUCUACUAAAGGUGGCAUUAUGGACCUGGAAAUCUUCAACUUGCCAAAGGUGGAGGUUUCCAAAGAUCUCUCUGCCUCUGCAGGCUCCAGGGUUGUCGUGGUAACCGCCAACGCCUGGAGUGAUGAGCAGUCGUAUGUGAGUGUGGUCCAGACUAACGUGGACCUGUACCGGAGCAUCAUACCCAGCCUGGCCCGUCUCUGCCCAAACGCUGUCCUUCUCAUCGCCUCCCAGCCAGUGGACAUCAUGACCCAUGUGGCGUGGAGGCAGAGCGGACUACCCCCCACACAUGUGAUUGGAGCAGGGUGUAACCUGGACUCUGAGCGUCUCAGCCAUGUCCUGGACAUCAGUCUGAACACACACAAGCAGGCCUGGGUCAUUGGCGAGCUCUCUGACAACAAAGUGGCUGUGCUGAGUAACAUUGGACAGACGGGGGAAAGCCAGCGUCCACAGAUUGCUCCAAGGUCCAAUGCCACAAAACCAGUCCUAGACAGGGCUUUGGGGUUGCUGAGAGGUCGAGGCCAGCGGUCCUGGUCCAUGGGUCUGUCCCUGGCUGACAUCACCUACAGUAUCCUGGUGAACCGGAAGAAGGCCCAUUCCGUGUCUACACUGGCACAGGGCUGGGGUGGUUUAGGGUCGGAGGUGUUCCUCAGUCUUCCCUGUGUUCUGGGAGCUUCCGGCUCCACCAGGCUCGCUGGCGUGUCUCUGGCUCAGGAUGAAGACGCCAAGCUGAGGGAAAGCGCAGCCUCCCUCUCCAACCUCAUGGCACAGCUCAAGAUAUGAUGUCAUUUCCUUCUAAUCUGCCUGCUGACAGGACUACCAUCCAACUGGCAUGCAGAGAAGAUGUUAGUUUAUCAGUCUGGCUUGGGAACAGGUGAAGAUUUUAUUAUAAGUGCCUCAUCAACCAGUAGUUGGCAUCUUAGGUAUGGUUGAGUGUCUUACUUGAAUAUAUCUUUGUCUAUGGCUAAAUAAGGUAUGGUUACAAUCAUUAUUUAUUAAAAAGUAGCCUAAUAUUUAGCAAAUGUCAUCCAUGAAGGGUAUUUAUAUUGUGUUUCUAUGCAGACUGUUUACGGUUUAACACUCCAUUACCGAAAGGCAAGUCUCCUACUUCCUGCUGUAACAGACUGAUAGAUGAUAGAACAUAUUCAGUGUAAAUCGAGAAUGCAUGUUUAAUACAUGUGAAAGCACAGUGGUACACUGCUUUUAACCAAAAGUGUGAAUUGUCAGAAAUAUAAUAUUCAGUCUGUAGUUAGUACAGGGUACUGGUGAAAUGGUUACAGCUGGUUCAAUCAUAUUAAACUUUUUGUUUGCACUUAAACACUGUUAACCCUGCAUUUUGCCUUGAGAAGUGCCUUGAUGUAUGAUAUGCCUUAACUGAAAUUAUAUCCAUACCUCUGUUGUAAAUAAGGUGGAAUUAAACAAAUGGCAUUUUACUGUGUUACUGAUAUAGUGUUCCACAAGAAAUAAAGAAAACAGAUGACAAAGUU